GUAGUUUUCACGUUCAGAGAGGAACAUACUGUAUUUCACAAGUUUGAUUCACAAGUGUGUGCGUAGCUAAAUGUCGUUGGUUUAAACGUGUAAUAAACACAAGUGUAAUAAAAUGUACCCGGAGCUAGACAAGUGUCCAAGAAGUUUACUUGUUUGCGAGAAAUCGAACUUUGAGCAUGAAAAGUCCAGACACGACACUCACGUGUCAAAACAUUAUUUUAACCACAAGGUAAGCAACUUUAUGCUUCUGUAGUAGCUAGAUGGUUUAGAUUAUCUGCACGGAACCUGCUGCCACUUCGUUUUCUUUGCCACUUGUUUGACCUACGUGUUAAAUCUAAACAACACCGGUUGCUAGCUAGCCAGCCUGUGAAUUAGUUAAAUGACCCAUGUAAUGUGUGAUACAAUAGAUGCAUGUGAUGUGAACUAAAAACAUGAGGUAACUCAUUAAUCCUCUCAGGUGUCGGUGGUAAUACCGGAAUGUGGUGCCCUUCCUUCCCGACUGGCCAGUGUCAUAAACAAUUUCAGCAAGUAUUUUCUAGUGAAGAAUUUACCAGUCUAUGAGUUUUUGGAUAAAGACUUCUUGGAGAAUGUUGUGUGGAAUGGUAAGUGCAUAGAAUGAGAACACUAUUGUAUACACUAUUAUAUUAUCUAUCUGUAAAUGGAACAAUUUACUCACAGUAAAAAGUGUUACUUUCAUGCUGGCUUAAAGGAUACCUAUUUGUUUUCCCAGGUGCUCUCUACGCUCUUUCCUACAAGACGAGCAUUGACCAGGAUAACACCAUUGCACUUCUCCCUAGCAGUGAGUUCCCUGACCACUGUGCUCUACCGAUUCUCAGAUUAUUACAGGACAUGACUCACACUGUAGUCCUAUUGCUGUAAUCUUAAUAAAGACCACUGGCAACUUUAAGCCUGUGUGUAAAGUAGUGGCCAUGGUCCAAAAUAGGCUAGAAUGUAUAAUAUUGGGACCAGAAGACAUCACAAAAUUGUGGUCAUGUUGUCCUGGGCAAUAUAACCAAUGGAAAAGCUAAUUUGCCAGGGGGUGUAUUCACUAGGAAGCAAAGGGGCCGAAACUGGGAGGGACUAACCUAAAUUUGUCCAAUAAGAAAUGUUCAUUUUUUUUGGUGGUUGCAAAACGUUUUGCUACAGUGUGCACUAAUGAAUACAACCCAGAGCUCCUCUGCCAGGCUGUCACAUCAUCGGUCAGUGGAGUCAAUGCUAGCUUUAUUAAAUUAACUCCACUGGUUGUGUUUUGACUUUCAUUACUAGCACAAUGCACUACAAGAAAGGAGGCCCCAUGUCACAUUGACUGGUCAGUAAAUAAACCUCUGCUCUGUCUGAAUCCAAGGUCAGCUGAUCCUCUCCGUGGAUAAGGACACCUAUGAACAGCUGGGUCUGGAGGGAAAGCCGUCACAGUACAAUCACAGACGGCCCAUGAGAUAUGGUGAGAAAGGAUCAUGUAUCUUUUCACAUUAUGUAUUGACAUUUCAUUGACAUUUCACCUGGUUUCUUACUCGCAAUUUUUUGUUGUCAUGUUCGAAAUGAAAUCUAAACUGGUUGGAUUAAUAACAAUGAUGAUGUUCUGCAGUCGUGACCAUUGACCUGACGGACAAAUCCAUGGCUACAGAAGGGAAACGCUACCAGCGGGUUCUCUCCAGCCUUAGAGAAAGGGUGCCUCUGAAAAGCGACUUCCUGCUGGCACGACACAGUUCAGGUAGGAGAACCUUUGUGUCUGCGCGGUUGAGUCCAAGUCUGAGGCAUGCAAUGUCUCUCCAAUUCCGGGGUUGUUUUCACUAGACUAAAUGGUAGAAAACGGACCCGAAACAGAGAGGGACCACCUGAACUUGUCCAAUAAGAAACUCUAAUUUUCGUUUGCUACAGUAUGCUCUUUUAAAAACGACCCUGAAGCUGACCAAUGUUUUCCUUCAAAUCAUUUCUAAAAUUGCGUCUGUGUCGAACUCAGGGGCGGAUGGGGAUAGAGUGCUGCAGACUCUCCUGUCACGUUACCAGUGGAAAGAGCACAAACCAGUGGUCAGUAGCCACACCCUGAAGGAUCUGCCAUGUCCAUCCCUGCACGCCUUGGACUUGCGCGGGGACCAGCAGUCUUGUGACCCCCACAGCUUCCUGGAGUGGCUUGGAGCAGUGAGCGCCGGUGUCAGUUGGUACGUUCACAGCCAUACAGUACGAAUGGAUAUCUAAAUACAGUGCCUCCAGAAAGUAUUCACACCUUUUUUACUUUUCCACAUUUUGUUGUUGCAGCCUGAAUUUAAAAUGGUUUACAUUUAGAUUUUUUUGUCACUGGCCUACACACAAUACCCCAUAAUGUCAAAGAGGAAUUAUGUUCUUUGAAUUAGUAUUGGCAAGCCUAAAUAAGUUUAGGAGUAAAAAUGUGCUUUACAAGUCGCAUAAUGAGUUGCACGGACUCACUGUGUGCAAUAAUAGUGUUUUACAUGAUUUUUGAAUGACUACCUCAUCUCUGUACCCCACACAUACAGAUAAUUGUAAGGUCCCUCAGUCGGACACUGAAUUUCAAACACAGAUUCAACCACAAAGACCAGGGAGGUUUUCCAAUGCCUCGCAAAUAAGGGCACCUAUUGGUAGAUGGGUAAAAAAAAAAAAGCAGACAUUGAAUAUCCCUUUGUGCAUAGUGAAGUUAUUAAUUACACUAUGGAUGGUGAAUCAAUAUACCCAGUCACUAUAAAGAUACAGGCGUCCUUCCUAACUCAGUUGCCGGAGAGGAAGGAAACCGCUCAGGGAUUUCACCAUGAGGCCAAUGGUGACUUUAAAACAGUUCUAUUUGAAUGGCUGUGUUAGGAGAAAACUGAGGAUGGAUCAACAACAUUGUAGUUACUCCACAAUACUAACCUAAUUGACAGAGUGAAAAGAAGGAAUCCUGUACAGAAUAAAAAUAUUACAAAACAUGCAUCUUGUUUGCAACAAGGCACUAAACUAAUACUGCAAAAAUUGGGGAAAUAAAUACACUUUUAAAAAAAAGGUUGUACUUUUACCCCUUUUUCUCCCCAAUUUCGUGAAAUCCAAUUGGUAGUUACAGUCUUGUCCCAUCGCUGCAACUCCCGUACGGACUCGGGAGAGGCGAAGGUCGAGAGCCAUGCGUCCUCCGAAACACGACCCUGCCAAGCCGCACUGCUUCUUGACACACUGCUCGCUUAACCCGGAAGCCAGCCGCACAAAUGUGUCGGAGGGAGUCAGCUUGCAGGCGCCCGGCCCGCCACAAGGAGUCGCUAGAGCACGAUGGGACAAGGCCAUCCCGGCCGGCCAAACCCUCCCCUAACCCGAACGACGCUGGGCCAAUUGUGCGCCGCCUCAUGCAUCUCCCGGUCACGCCCUGCUGUGACACAGCUUUUGAUCAAACCCGGGUCUGUAGUGACGCCUCAUGUACUGCGAUGCAGUGCCUUAGACCGCUACGACACUCGGGAGGCCAGAAAUUAACUUUUAGUCCUGAAUACAAAGUGUCAUGUUUUGGGGCAAAUACAGCACAUUACUGAGAACCACUCUCCAUAUUUUCAAGCAUAGUGGUGGCAGCAUCAUGUAUGCUUGUAAUCGUUAAGGACUGGGGAGUUUUUCAGGAUAAAAAAUAAACGGAAUGGAGCUAAGCACAGGCGAAAUCCUAGAGGAAAACCUGGUUGUCUGCUUUCCACCAGACACUGGGAGAUGAAUUCACCUUUCAGCAGGACAAUAACCUAAAACACAAGGCCAAAUCUACACUGCAGUUGGUUACCAAGAAGACGGUGAAUGUUCCUGAGUGGCAGAGUUACAGUUUUGACUUAAAUCUACUUGAUAAUCUAUAGCAAGACCUGAAAAUGGUUGUCUAGCAAUGAUCAACCGAUUUUAUAAUUUUUAAAAGAAUAAUGGGCAAAUGUUGCACAAUCCAGGUGUGGAAAGCUCUGAGACUUACCCAGCAAGACUCACAUCAAUCGCUGCCAAAGGUGCUUCUACAAAGUAUUGACUCAGGGGUGGGAAUACUUAGGUAAAUUAGAUUUUUGUAUUUCAUUUUCAAUACAUUUUCAAUUUCUAAAAACAUUUUCACUUUGUCAUUAUGGGUGAGGAGAAAAAAGCAAUACUACAUGUGGAACAAGUCAAGGGGUACGAAUACUUUCUGAAGGCACUGUACGUGUCACUGGGUACUUGUGUGAGAGAGAGGGGGAAAUCUGUCAUGGUAUCAUUCACUUCUCCCGUGUGGCUAAUCUCUCUCUCAUAACACACACUAUUGCAGAAAGCUAGUGAUGAUGAUGUUCGUCGUUGUUCAUUAUUUAGUGACAAUACAGCAGCCAGCUUCCUUUCGACGUACGUCUGUCCAGAGCCACAAACACUGGUGAGCCAAGCCCUGCAUUGCACAGUGUCCGGCCUGCUGCUGCCCGAAGACAUCUACUCUCUGCUGCAGGAACUGAGGUAAGUUCACCUUCUGCAACAUAUCUGACUGUAUCAGUCCUUUUGAACACCAAAAGUUGAUAGUACAGUGAGAGUGCAUCUUUAUACCGUUGACUCCUAAAAACACUUUGUUCAACCAUCUUAAUUAUCUGGUUUAGUGAAGGCAUUUACCCCCAGGUCAUCAUAUACAGCCUCCUACAGAGAGCCUGCAGAGUGCACGGUCUACAGUGACAUGCGACUCGAUAAAAGCCGAGGACUCUGAAUUGAGCUUGUCCAACUGUAUUGCCAAAAAUAUUGCUCUCCUUUUUGGAAUAAAUUAGAUUUAAAAUAUCUAGUCUUAAAUAUAUAUACUAAUUUACUGUGGUCUUUUCUUAAACCCAGGCGGUACUUUGACGAGCCCAAAUUCACGUCCUGGCUGUCACUGACUGUGCACGGCUUCAUGGACAGUCCCGUCGCCUGGGGAGACACAGAACACGGGUUUCUCAAGGGAGGCGAAAACUUCUACAACCUCGUCUUCUUCCAGAACCAGGACUACUGGUUGCACAUGGGCACUGGCUCCCACGAUAGAUGCCCCCCGUGA